GCCGCGGUGAGUCACGACGGAGGAGGCGGCCGCUCCUCUCCGCUCCACACGGCUCCGCUCGCCCGCGCUCACCGCCGCCCGCACCGCAGCACCGCCGGGGCCGGCCCGGCCCCGCACGCAGAACAGAUUGAAGAAAAAGCUGUUUCUGUAGCUGACCCAGCUCCUCUUGGAUUCCGUGUGGUUGUAACUAGAAAUAAUACAGUAUAUUAUAAAGGGCCAUUUCCUCAUACUUCUUUCCCCAAAUCUGUCAGUUAAUUGGGAGUGAGCACGUGGAUUAUCUGAUCUUCUGUGGUUUUUAGAAGCAGGAAAUCCAGGAGCUGGCAGGAGGGGAAUGAACCGUGAGGGCGUCCCCGGAAAGAGUCCGGAGGAGAUGUACAUUCAGCAGAAAGUGAGAGUCCUACUCAUGCUGAGGAAGAUGGGAUCAAACCUGACUGCCAGUGAAGAGGAGUUCUUGCGCACAUAUGCAGGUGUAGUGAAUAGCCAACUUAGCCAGCUGCCUCAACACUCAAUUGAUCAGGGUGCUGAGGAUGUUGUGAUGGCAUUUUCCAGGUCAGAGACAGAAGAUAGAAGACAGUAAUUACAGGACACCUGAACGACACAGAGCUGGAGAGGACAGUGUGAUUGCUGAAGAUAGAGGACGAUGGCUGAGCAUUAAUAAGUUCCUUUGCCCACCCUAAGUUUUCCAUGGUUGUCCUCCUCCUUUGUAAUUUUGCUUCCCUUUGCCCAACCCUCAGAAUGCAUCUCACAGCCAUCUGUUCCUAUAUGUUUUUGCUGCUCGGCUGGGCUGUGUUAAGUAAGGACAAACCUAAAGGUGUACUUUUGAUUGGCUCAAAGGGACAGACUGAUUGGCUAGAGGAAGACAAUUCUUAAACUUGACCAAUGAAAAUCUUUUCUCAUUUUAUUUUCUAUUCUAAAGUCUCUUGACAUCCUACUUCUAAAGAAGCUUUUCAUGCUGUGGUGCUUAUUUAGGUCAAAGUUGUGAAUUUGAAGAGGGUUUGAUUUGGCUGCGUAGAACUGGAAGCAAGUUGUGGUUGGUUGACAAUGCAAAUGCUUUAUCUUCAGUUGGCUUGCAGGUGUUUUGCUGACAUCAACAUUUUCAUUGCAGAAAGCUGAUGUUUUGGUGCGUUGGCUAUUACUUUAUCCUUACUGACUUGGGGAAAAAGACAAAUGUGCUUUGCAAUAUUUAUUACAUCUAUACAUGUAUACAUGCUUGCUUGUUUGUUUUUGUUUGUUUUUGAUUGGCUUUGAAAUGUUUUUCCUUCCCUCUUGUCUGCAGUGUUUCUGAUGCCAUCAGUUUUUCCAUACUCACCUGCUCUGUGGCCUCAAGCUCUUUUGGGAGCAUGUGUUGAAAGUGUGUUUAGUUCAGUAAGCCUACCUGUUUCAGCUGGAACAUGGAGAUCACCAGCCGUUCUGUGCUUCUGUGUGGGCUGUGCUGUGAACUCCUGGUUAAUCUGGUCGUUCAGGUGGCUUCUCUCUUUGCUUCUGACAGAGGAGCUGUAGGUAUUUUGCAGGAAUUGCAAGAAUGAGAACUAUGGCUGUGACGUGAAUUUGCCAAAUUUGUAUAGAGAAUAUGUGAACUUGUUUAAAAUACGACAUAGAGUUCCACUUUAACCUUUUAAUUGCUGCACGAGACUAGCUCUCAUACAAGGGAAAAUUAAUGAUCGUUAACUUAAAUCCAACUUUCACUGGGCUUUAUUAAACUAAGUUCCUAGUCACUUGAAAAAUUACAUGUGGUUUUGCUCCCUGAGACUGUUUGGUGAGAUGGAAAUUAUCUGGAACCCGGAUAAUAACAUUUUUUUCUAGGCACUGGUCCAAGAGGUAGCAGCACUGCAUUAAGCUGUCCAAUGGUGAGUGACAAGUGACACUCAGGUUUACUAUUUAGUAGUUGCAGGGUCUUCAGACACACACAGAUGCAUUUACAAACUUAAAAACCUGCAGUGAAAUUAGUGCACUGACUGUUCAGGAAUCUGCACGUAGACUAUCAGAAGCCUAAAAUUCCAAGCACUGCUGCCUAAAAUCUAGCACUUCAUUUCCUCUGGUGUGUGCAGGUCAUUUAUUGUACAAUACUUCCAGAUUUUCCCAUGGGUUGCACUGAUUUUAAGAUGUUUGAAAACCUAUUAAAGCAGAAAUCCACUCA